AUGCGUUUUUCUACAUUCUUAUUGUUUUUGGUUAUUGGUAAGUUAAAUAUGGUAAAAUUUGAUUUUAUAGUUUCUAUGAAUGUUUGUUAUUGAAUAAUAUUAUGCAAUGUUUAUUAUUUAACAUUUCAAGUAAUCAUAUCAUUUCUUAAUGAAACCGAAGCAAGAAGAAAAAUUCUGAGAGGUAGAAAAACAAUUACCAGAACAUAUUAUAGUAAGUAACAAAACAAAUAUAUAAUAUUAUUUAAGGUAAAAACACUAAACAUGUUGAUAUAAAUUUACAUUAAGGUAAUAUGAUCAUAAAGUAUAAAUAUAUAGUUAAAUCUAUUAAACUGUUUCAUAAUUCCAAAUAUAAAAAUGUUUACCCUUUCAGGUUAAUUAUAUUAUUUAAUUUAUAUCUUUUUACAUAUAAUAAAUUUAAAUACGUAAAAAUGAAAAUCAAUGUUCUAGUAAGUAGUAAAUAGUUCUUAGACCAGUCAACCACCAGUCUUCGAUUAAAAGCGUAACAUUACAUAUUGCAAAAAAUUAUAUUUUCAAUAUAUUGUUUAAAUGUUAAACCAUUUGACAAAAGUAAAAUAUAUUUAUUAAUACCUAACAUUAAUCUUACUAUCGCAAUAAUAUUUAUUUCGGACAGUAUGAUUAGUAUUUCAUUGUUUUUCGAUUGCAAUAUUGCGUGCAAUUUUUUGGUUUAUAAAAUAGUUUUGUUUAAUAGAGAUUUUAUUAAUUGUACUUCUAAACAAAUUAUUUUAUUUAAUUUUUUCAAAAGAAAAAAAAUGAAAUUUCAUUUGUAACAAACUCGAAACAUUAAUUGUGCUUAAGAUCAGAACUUUUGUUGGUUAUCGUUAGAUAUUGGUCUACAAUUUAAAUUUAAAUCAAUGUCUCUAAGAAAAUUUUGGAUUGAACUCAAGGACGAGUAUUUUGUUUUAUUUGAAACCACCAUAGAAAAUUGUUCUUCCUUUUUUUAAUUUAUAUUUGUGUGAAGCUGGAUUUUCCUUAAUGACCCACAUAGAAACUAAAGCUAAGAAUAAGCUUGCUGUCACAAAUAGUCUAUGCUUAGCUCUGAAUACUUCAGUGAAAUCAAGAAUAGAUAAAAUUGAAACAAAAAUUCAUUAAUUUUUACUUGAAUAAUUAUACUUAUUUUGUAUGGUAACAUUGGUAAAUCAGUAAUGUUUUAUUUUAUUUAUAUAUAUAUUUUUUUUCACAUUUCAUUAAUUUGAUAUAUAAAUCUGUAAUCAGAAAACUAAGAAAAAAAGUAAGUUUUUGAUUUUUUGAGUUAAAACCCUAAAUGAUCUGUAGUCCUUCUUAAUAAGUCAUCUGCCGAUCCGCGACAGCAAAAAGGUUAAGAACCACUGCUUUAGAUUAAAACCUUGAAUAAAAUGUUUUACAGAUAGUCAAACCUUAGUAUCUAAAAAUCGAAUAACACACAUAAUUUCUAUGUAAAAGAACUAUCUUAAAUUAUGUAUGAUUAUUUAAUAUUUACAAUGUACUCAUAAUUUACAAGAAAUAUUUAAUAUGAAUUAAAUAAUUCUAAACAUUUAUUUUUCAGAAACAUUGGGAAUACCAGCAUGGUUGUCAAUCACAUUCACUGGAUUAAUUAUACUAGGCAUUUCAGGAAUAAUCUUUGCAGUGUUGCAAAAGUUCAUUAUAAUCAAUAAUCAACCUCCACAAUCAUCUUCCUCCUCAAUACCACUUACAUCUUAG